AUAACGUAAUACACUGCGAACGCGGGAAGCAGCGAUCAUGAAAAAGUAAACAAAGUGAAAAAAUGUCGAUAGGGAGAUUUACUGUUAACGCGGCGAGUCAUUUUGCUGCAGGUUAUCAAAUUGGGAAACACUUCAAGAGCUCUUAUGAGAACACAUUUCAGACAGCGCCAUUCAAGGUUCUGAAAUCGUUCUACGAAACGGCGGAAGGGAAAACGUUUGUAGAUAGAUGUGUGUCGGCAUCCGAAAAAUGUUAUCCGGGCAUCAUGCAAGAAAUUCGUGGUUAUUCGGAAGGAAGCGGUUUACCAUUAGAGAAUUUCUUGUUGCAUUCGAUUUCGUCAGAAAUAUGGCUUGUCUACAGACCUCAAACCUUUUCAGCUCAAGGUGCUUCGGACACCGGGCAACGCUGCACGGACGUCCAGGUGAAUACGCCCGAGUGUCGAAUGAUUGCACACAACGAAGACUGGAUAAAAGAAUACGCCGGCAAAUGUUUUGUCGUCGACGUCACCAUAAACAAAAACGAAAUCGCUCAGGAGUUCGAUGAGUCAACUAAGAAAGUUGAUGACGUCAUGACGUCACUUACUGAAAUACAACGUACCAUCUUUCAGCGGAACGAGCGAUUCAUCUCGUACGUCACGCCCGGCGAUCUUCCCGGUUUCAAUUUCGCCAUGAAUAAACAUUUCGUCAUCACAAUUAACAGCCAGCUCCCGGUACAGACAAACACGGGGGCAGUUCCAGUCGAGGUGCUUCUACGCGCACUUCUCGCGUGCGAGACCAUAGAUGAGUGUGUUGCGGUGAUGAAGAACGAGCCAGUGGGUUGUUGCUAUGGUAUCAACGUCAACAUCGCCAGUAUCCACACCGACGACAUGUGGUCGCUAGAGGUGUAUACGGACAAGGACGGGUCGUCGGUUUUGCUGUCCGCGUUACCGAUGCAGCCAGCCGGAAGUCCGCACUACGUGCACGCAAACCACUACAAGUACACUCAGGGGGUUAAAGAACAGAAUUACCCGCACUCAAUUGACCGCGCACGAGUCGCGCAAUCACUGGUGCCGCCCACGGAUAUGGCGGGAAUAUGUGAUAUCUUAGGCGAUACGUCACAUCCGGAACAUCCAAUCUACCGUGAACCCACACAGAUGAGAAGCGCCACUCUAGCAACGGCCGUCUUUGACCUUUACCGUAAAGAAAUGCACGUGUUCAACGCAAACCCGAAGACCAACAAGCCGCUGUUUGUUGUGCCGUUUCUGACGUGAGUUAUAAUGGGAACAGAGUGAUUCUGAGUCUUAUGAAUAACCUUAUUACCGCCAAUUGUAUGAUUUGUAUCGAUUUGUUAUACACGUAUACUUGUG